GGAAGAGGAGGAGCCCGAGAGCCGGGGCCCUGCACACAGCCCAGCGUCUGCUCGCUGUCAACACCACGCUCCCUCGGCGCCCUGUGCCAUGGAUAUAAUAUUUGGCAGAAAUAAGAAAGAACAGCCGGAGCCUGUGAGGGCCAAAGUGACAGGCAAGAUUCCAGCAUGGCUUCAGGGAACCCUACUGCGGAAUGGGCCUGGAAUGCACACAGUGGGGGAAACCAGGUACAACCACUGGUUUGACGGCCUGGCCUUGCUCCACAGCUUCACCAUCAGAGACGGUGAAGUCUAUUAUAGGAGCAAAUACCUGAGAAGCGACACCUACAAAGCCAACAUCGAGGCCAACAGGAUCGUGGUGUCAGAGUUUGGAACGAUGGCCUAUCCGGACCCCUGCAAAAACAUAUUCUCCAAGGCUUUCUCCUACUUGUCCCACACCCUCCCGGAUUUCACAGACAACUGCCUGAUUAACAUCAUGAAGUGUGGAGAAGACUUCUUUGCGACCACGGAGACCAAUUACAUCAGGAGAAUCAACCCACAGACUCUGGAAACGCUGGAGAAGGUUGAUUAUCAUAAAUACGUGGCUGUAAAUCUGGCAACAUCACAUCCUCAUUACGAUGCGGCUGGAAAUGUCCUCAACAUGGGCACAUCCAUCAUGGACAAGAGGAAGACGAGAUAUGUGAUGUUCAAGAUCCCUGCCACAGUGCCAGAGGGCAGGAGCCCCCUGAAGCAUGCGGAGGUGUUCUGCUCCGUCGCCUCCCGCUCGCUGCUCUCCCCGAGCUAUUACCACAGCUUCGGCGUCACCGAGAACUGCAUCAUUUUCCUCGAGCAGCCUUUCAAGCUGGACAUCCUGAAGAUGCUGACUGCCUACUUCCGAGGGGUGAGCUGGGCCUCCUGCAUGACUUUCCACAAGGAGGACAAGACUUACAUCCACAUCGUCGACCAGAGGACUAGGAAGCCCUUGCCCAUCAAGUUCUACACGGACCCCAUGGUGGUCUUCCACCACGUCAAUGCCUACGAGGAGGACGGCUGCCUCCUGUUUGAUGUCAUCGCCUAUGAGGACAGCAGCCUCUACCAGCUCUUCUAUUUGGCCAACCUGAACCAGGACUUUGAAGAGAACUCCAGGCUCACCUCCAUCCCCACCCUCAAGAGGUUCGCUGUGCCCCUGCAUGUGGACAAGAAUGCAGAUGUGGGCUCAAAUUUAAUCAAAGUGGCAUCCACCACAGCAAGAGCCCUGAAGGAAAAAGAUGACCAAGUCUACUGCCAGCCGGAGGUGCUUUACGAAGGCUUAGAGCUGCCCCGGAUCAAUUAUGCUCACAACGGGAGGCCAUACCGAUAUGUCUUUGCUGCUGAAGUUCAGUGGAGUCCCAUCCCAACCAAGAUACUGAAAUAUGACGUUCUCACAAAGGCGUCCCUAAAAUGGGGAGAGGAGCACUGCUGGCCGGCGGAACCCCUAUUUGUGCCCAUGCCAGGUGCCAAGGACGAGGACGAUGGAAUUAUCUUAUCAGCUAUUGUCUCUACGGAUCCCCAAAAGCCACCUUUUCUGCUUAUCCUGGAUGCCAAAACUUUUACAGAACUGGCUCGCGCAUCCGUUGAUGUUGAGAUGCACCUGGAUCUCCAUGGGUUAUUCAUCCCGGACACAGACUGGGAUGCAAGGAAGCAGGUCCCUUCCCGGGAAGAGCGGGACCAGGCUUCAAAUGGCCCUGGGGCCCCACAGACCUGAGGAUGUUGAGGCCUGGGCCCCGGGAAGCACAUGCCCCCUGGCUGGCUCCCACAGACUCCGGCUGGAUUCCUGUCUGGGUGGAGGGGAGGUGCUUCAUUCUGUUCUGUGCUCAAUCUUUCCUUGGUUACUUUG